AUGAGGCGCCCCCACGCUCUUUUCUCUUUGCUAGCUGCAACUGCAUCCCUUAUACCACUCGCGAGCGCCGGAUACUCGACGCUAAUCAACGAAUUCGUCGACCCGGAUUUCUUAUUGUCGGACAGUUUCGAUGAUGUUACAGCCAAUGCACAGGCCACGAUCAUCCAGUGGGCGGAGAUGCUUAAUGCGGAGGGUCCUUGGGCUGUCACGACUACUAAGAACGUCACCGCGCCAUCCGGUGAUGUGCACGACUACUUGAGCUGGGCUCCUUACUCAUGGCCGAACUGCACGGCCGUCGGCAACACAACUGAGCUUACUGAUGAAGAGAUUUGGUCUCAGUGCACAUACUACACCCGCGACGGUGUGUUCAAUCCAGACGUGCGUUUUGUAAACAACACCGGCGCCUUUGGUGCGCUUGCCGACGCCGUCUUCUAUAACGUCAUGGCCUGGCGCAUCACUGGCAAAGACUACUACGCCGUUAAUGCGUCCAGCUUCAUCAAUACGUGGUUCCUCGAUUCAGACACGGCUAUGAACCCGAACCUGAACUACGGCCAAGUCACGCGCGGCCCUGAGACAGGGACUACUGGGACACACACGGGUGUGCUCGAUCUCAAAUGCAUGUCCAAGAUUGCAAGCGGUAUUCUCGCUUUGCGCCAAGGUCAAGCUGUGUCGUGGACAAGUGAUAUGGAUACGGCCAUGAAGAACUGGACGACUUCGUACAUCAGCUGGAUGGAGACCAACUCCCUUGCGUUGAAAGAGGCUGCGUCAGACAACAACCAUGGCUCUUUCUACUUCGUUCAGCUGGCAUCGCUCUACCUGAUUGCAGACAACAAGAGUGGGGCGUUGAACGCCACACAGUUCUACUUCGACCAUGCGUAUCAGAACCAGAUCAACGCAACAGGAGAGCAACCGCUGGAGGCUAUUAGGACUCGUCCUUACCACUACCGCUGUUACAAUCUUGUCGCUAUGCUUUCCAACGCCAGAUUGUCCGCGUACGCCGGCAAGGAGCAAUGGAACACAACAACUGCCAACGGUGCUACCAUAAAAAAUGCGCUAGAUUUUACCAUGACCGUCGAUCCCGGAGACGAUACUGCUAAUGAGCUCUGGCUCCCGGUCGCUGCUGGUGCCUACGCGUACGGUAACGCGGACGACUCCUACGGGUCGUUCCUUCUUGAGAAAAACCCGGAUUUUGGAACUGACCCGUACUUCUUCUGGUAUCGACCGACGGUCAACGCCGCUGCAUGGGACUCCGAUGCAGAGAAGAACAUGGAUUCGAGUUCAAAUUCGACGAAUGGUGAUCGAUCUGCCGGUGGUGCGAUGGGUCAGGCGCGCGGGGAGCUGGCUGUAGUUGGCACCGUCAUCGCACUUGCUGGACUCUUCCUAGUUUAG